AUGCUCUUCUCAAGGCGCAGGCAUGCGGCCCGCAGUGCCCAAGAAUGUGCAUUCCUUCCAUCAUCUCCAAUUGACGAGGCAGCUCAUUCCAAUGCAGCUGUCAGCAGGUGCGUCAGUUCAGCCGUUCAGCAGGCACAAAGGCCGCAAGCCUGCAGGGGCGACUCUCAGCACGACGGCAUGUUAUCUACAAGAGCCCGCAGUGAAGAAUAUGCAAACAACAGUGAUACUUCCUUGCCCUCUGACGCAAGUGCCUAUGCCCCCUCCGAUCCGGAUAUAUCAUCAACCGGCUCUGACGGUGCAACCGCUUCUUCAAGGCACCCGCUUCCUUCUAGGUGUUUUUCAGUGCCAGGACAUGCUGCGCACUGUUCAUAUAAAUCUCUUCGUGAGUUUCAAAUGUCUCAAGGCGUUUGCUGUCUCCUCAACGACUCGUGUUCCUCCUGCGCAGUUCCUGGCGUUGGACAGGAUGUGGGGCUCGUAGAAGCACAAGGGGUAGCCGAUGAUCAUGUGGCAACGAAGCUCUCGCGGGGAUUUUGUGGUGCUCAAUCUACGAGGCUGUACUUAAGCAGGUUCAUCGGAUGGUUUGUUAAGUGGUUCGAAGGAUCCGCGUUGCUGAAAGGCUGCAACAAGCUGGUAUGCAAGACUCUGCAUGCGGUGUUGCUGUUCGUGAUCCGACUCCAGCGCCAGCAGCUGCUACGUCGUUUCUGUCCGGACCUGACGGAAAGGUACACGCACGUUCUCAGUGCAGGACGGCUGCGUGCAGAGAGAUGCAGUGUACGUACAGCCGACGGUCAUGAGAUACAUUUUUACCGACUCCGUAAAGUGACGCGCUGCUGCUGCUGUAGGGACUGUGCUUGUGAGGAGGAUGCAAACCAUUCGGAGUUCACGGGUGAAACAGCAGCCAUUGCCAGUUCAUCUACUGCGCAAGUAGAUACGUCAGCGGUUCUGUUUGCAGAAGCCGAUGCAGUCCCGUUGGACGAAUGCAGCAGCAGUGGUGCUGAAAGCAACUGCAUCGACACCGAUUGCAGGGGGCAGGUGUUUUUUUUCGUUCACGGUCUGUUAGAGUCAUCGCUCAACUGGAUAAGUGGGGGCGACCUGUCUCUGCCGUUCCUUGUAGCCACGAGAGGGGGUGAGGUGUGGCUCGCAAAUAGCCGAGGCAACGAGUACACCCGGAAAGUGGCCCCACCUCCCCACAAGCGACUUCAUGCGCAGCAGCAGCACGCAGGUGGUUUCACCCGAUUGCACCCAAAUAUGCAGCAAGACGCUUCGGAGCAAGGUCGAAAACAAUGGAAUGCUGCAGUACGUGAAGCUGCCGAGCAGCCGCAGCAGCACGACACGCGGGGGGACGAACCUCCUCAUGGCGCUCCUGAUUUGACAUCCGGAAAAGAGGCCACUCCUAACAGUGCCAAGGGCGGCUCAAGUCCGACAUGCAGAGCACCGGAGCAAGCAGUCGACGCAAACAUGGAAGGAGCUGCCACGUCUUCAUCCGAUGAAUGCUCUUCGUCUACUCUACACAGCUGCAACGGGCUCAAAGCGUCAGAAGCUGAAGGCACUGCCGUGUCCAAGGCUGCUUUUUUGUCGAGCAGCGCAUGCAGCAGACCGCCAAGCAGCUGCAACUUCAUCAGAGAACGGCCUCAGACGCCGCCGGAAAGACGUGUGGCUUUGCCGAGUGCCGUCGAUAUCCCGCAAUUAGAAGAGAAGGCCCCUACUGACAGGAAAUGCGACGAAGACACUGCAUGCACGUGCUGCAGCAGGCCGCGUGGUGAAGGCAGCUUCGCCACCAGCAGCUGCAAAAGCGGCAGCCGAAGGAACAAAGUCCAGAGGAUCUAUAGGGGCCGAUGCAGCGCCACACCUCCCUUGAAAUUUUCAAAGGACCUUGCUGAAGGCUCCUGGUCUUUUCAUGAGAUGGCCAUGUAUGACUGCGCCGCUCAGAUGCAGUACAUAGCGAUCAACUCGCCGACACUCCAUCGGCGAAGGGCUGCUAUGCGCGGUAUAGUGGCCAUAGGCCAGUCCCAGGGGGCUGCUCAGCUGCUAGCUGCCCUCUCAACGUGUCCAUCGCUGUCUUUGCUGGCUUGUCGGCUGGUGUUGUUCUCGCCACCGUUGAUCUUGCAGCCGCUGCAUCAGCUGCCGUAUGUCGCUUUAGUGUUGUUACGUCUUGGCUCACGCCACCCCACGCUUCUUCUCAAGAUCUUGCGCUUCGUUGUGCACGUUGUGCCGGAAAAAUUCUUGGCUGCCGUGGGAAACGCUGUCGUGGGAUGUGGAAUGCCCGGCAGCAUGCGAUUUUACAGCACCCCCCUACAGCACAAGCAACUCGUUCUCAAUUUCACGUGUACUCCCUCAGGUAAGCCACAGGAUUUUCUUCAUAAACUUUGCGCCGGUAUGCCUUAUGUUGGUUCGAGAGCUGUAUGGUUUUGUAGCGUUGCAUCUGCUCUUAACUUUUGUGUCGUGAUUGUUUCCCUAGGGGGCACGUCUAGGCGGAAUUUCGAACAUUGGCUGCAGCAGCUGACGAGGCCCAAGCCUCUGUCAACACUUGUCUCUCCACGGAAUAGCUCAAGUGUCACUUCCUUGCCUGUACAAUACGAAGCAAGGGCUUUGGGGCAGAAAAGUGCUUUUCUGAAUGACCAAACGGCUCAGUCAGAUCGCCAGGGGUUCCGCCAACCCACGUUUUUAGAGGCUACGCAGCCAUCGCUGCCAGAUUUGACAGAACCUCAUGGUCGGUAUCCCUUGGAAAGGAUCAGCAGCGAAGUGUAUGCGUUCUUAGGCUCACAGGACAACCUAGUUUCUGCAGGCUCCAGCGCGGCAUACCUCGAGAGCUGCAUUCCAAAAGAACGGCUGCACUUGUACGUCGUCAGCGGUCUUGGUCAUCUGGAUUUUGGGUGGGGAAGGGACCGAGCUAGAGACUUGUAUCCUCAUCUGCUCGCGCGUGUAUCUAAAUGCAAUGUAUCGUGUUGCCCAUGCCGAAACGAGACUUGA